AUGGAUGUAUUGAACUCUAUUAAUGGCAUCGGUUUAGUGGAGCGACAGUUGGAUAUAAUGUCUAAAUCUAAAAAGCAAACAGUUUUUGGGCACAAAAUAUUCAACGGAAUCCGUUUGGGAGGACACAGUCUUGUGGGGGGAACUGUCGAUGGCGUCAAGUUAUCGCAACUCAAACAAAACCUUCUUUUACGCAACACUUCUCAACAUUUUGACGAAUUGGAGAUCAAAGGCGACGCUUUCUUUGACGGAGGGAUGGCUUUAAAGUCGGCUAUAAAUGGCAUUAAAAUAGAAGAUCUCUAUAAUAAAGCGCUUAAACUGACGGACACUCGUAUUCAGGGAUUUGCACACUUUCUGAUGAACAACGCUAUCAUGAAGUCAAUACAUUGUCCCGCAAUUAAUGAGUUGAAUAUAGCAUCGGAUCUGAUGACCAAAAACACUCCACAAGAGAUUUUCGGUCAAAAAAUAUUUUCUAAUGGAGUGAAAGUGGACAACAACUUAGUUGUCGAUCACAUCAAUGGAAUCGCUUUGGACUUCGUUAACGACACUCUUCUCUAUGACACGAAUCAAGUGAUCACUGGAGAGAAGGUAUUUGUGGGCGACUUAUGGAUCAAGAAUUUGAAAGUCAAUACAAUGAACAACAUCUCAAUGCAAGACAUCGUCCGAUUGAAUGCCGACGAAGUGAUAACUGCGCCCAAAGUGUUCAGUGAUGUCCGCGUUUACAGCGAUGUCAAUGUCCACAGCUUUGACUCGGAUGUCAUAAAUGGGGUCCAAAUGAAAGGACUUUUCGAAAACAGUCUUCAGUUCGAAAGGCCUCAGACACUGACCGCAUUUGAUGUCAGACGCCGUCCUCACAGAUACCCCGCAAACCAUAUCCGGUGCCAAAACAUUCCUCUCCCCCGUCACUGUCGAUGCCUUGCAUUUCAGNCGUCUGAUUUGUUGGCCUCGGGUUCGGGCGACUCGACGGCCAGGAUCUGGAAUAUGAGUGAAUCGACACAAACGGCACAACAACUCGUGUUAAGACAUUGCAUCCAAAAAGGUGGUACCGAAGUUCCAUCCAAUAAAGACGUGACUUCUCUGGACUGGAACUCCGACGGAACACUUCUGGCGACCGGCAGUUAUGAUGGCUUUGCGCGUAUUUGGACCACUGAUGGCAGACUGGCGUCCACUUUGGGUCAACACAAGGGACCCAUAUUUGCCUUAAAGUGGAACAAAAAAGGCAAUUAUAUUCUGAGCGCCGGCGUCGACAAAACGACCAUCAUAUGGGACGCGUCGACGGGUCAGUGCACCCAACAGUUCGCAUACCAUUGCGCGCCGGCACUGGACGUGGACUGGCAGACAAACACCAUCAUAUGGGACGCGUCGACGGGUCAGUGCACCCAACAGUUCGCAUACCAUUGCGCGCCGGCACUGGACGUGGACUGGCAGACAAACGUGUCGUUCGCCUCGUGUUCGACCGAUCAGUGCAUCCAUGUCUGCAAAUUGGGUUCAGACAAACCCAUCAAAACAUUUACGGGUCAUUCCAAUGAAGUAAAUGCCAUCAAAUGGUGUCCAUCGGGUUCGCUGUUGGCCUCGUGUUCGGACGACAUGACGCUCAAGAUCUGGUCCAUGAAACAGGACUCAUGUGUUCACGACUUGCAGGCGCACCAGAAGGAGAUCUACACAAUCAAGUGGUCGCCCACCGGCGCCAACACACAGAACCCGAACCUACCGCUUAUACUGGCGUCGGCGUCAUUUGACUCGACCGUACGUCUGUGGGAGGUGGAGAGGGGCACCUGUAUCUACACACUGACCAAACACUCGGAACCGGUGUAUUCGGUGGCUUUCAGUCCUGACGGGCGGUUCCUGGCGUCCGGCAGUUUCGAUAAAUGCGUUCACAUUUGGUCGACACAAAGCGGACAAUUAGUCCACUCUUAUAAGGGAACGGGAGGCAUAUUCGAGGUCUGUUGGAACGCCAGAGGGGAUAAAGUGGGUGCCAGUGCUUCGGACGGAUCGGUGUUUGUGUUGGACUUAAGAAAAUAAAUAUAUUUUGUAUUUACCUGUAUUUUAUCGUAUCAUUUAUUUAUACAAUUAUAAUAAAAAUAAUCAUUUAAAACAAUUACUAUGUUAUGGUCUGUUGGAAGGGUAUAUCGACUGGAGAACCACUUCAGAGAUAUUUGUAUGAAAUUAAAAUCAUGAUUAAAGCAUUAAAUUUUGCAAGUUUAAAA